GUCUACUCUCAUUACUCAAUUAUGAAAUUUCCAAUUUUCCUAUUUUUGAUUCUUGUGGAAUUAUGCUUUAGCUACAAGGUUCUAGUAUUCAAUCCAGCCUUUGGUGCCAGCCAUGCAAAUUUUCUUGGAAAGAUUUCGGACAUCCUAAUUGAUGCGGGUAAUGACGUCACAAUGCUUAUCCCUAUUUUUGUCAAUGGGAAAAAGGAACUUGUUGGAUCAAAAAAAGUCAAAAAGAUUAUUCGAAUUGAUCAAGAUCCUCGAAUUGCUCAAAUACACAAAGAAGGAUCAACUGAAGAAAUUAUGAGAAAAACUAUUUGGAAAAUGGACUCGGCUAUAACAUCAAUGUUUGGGUUUAUUGGAAACUUCAGUAAAACUGCAGCGUAUCAAACAGAAUAUAUGUUCCAACAAACUGAACUGAUCGAACAAUUACGGAAGGAAAAAUUCGAUCUUGCCAUCACAGAGUCACUUUUCUUAGGAGCAUUCGCACUUUUCGAUGAGAUCGGAAUUCGGUCUGUAAUUAACGCUGAUUCGACUCUAUACAUGGGAGGAAUGAAAGGAGCUUUAGGAGAACCUGCUGCAAUUUCUUAUUAUCCAGGACUUUUCUCUUCAAUUGACGACAAAAUGAACUUUUUCGGAAGAGUCAAAAAUGCGGUUGGGUAUCUUUUUGGACUUUGGUUUAGUGUUCUGAAAUAUGAUGACGAAAUUGUCGCUUUUCCAAAAAGUUACAAAGGAUCAAGAGAUUGGAGAGAACAUUUGAGCAAUGUUGCAUUCAAUUUUAUCAAUUCAAAUCAGUAUAUUGAUUAUGCUAGUCCAACUCUUCCAAAAACUGUUUUUGUCGGUGGAAUGCAAGUAAAUACAAAGAAAAGUGGAAAAUCAACACUUUCAAAAGAAUGGAAUGAUGUUCUUUCUCUGAGAAAAACAAAUGUUCUAGUCUCUUUUGGCUCAAAUGCUUAUUCUUCUGAUAUGCCAGAUGAAUUCAAAAAAUCAUUCUUGGAAGUAUUUGCAUCAAUGCCGGAAACUACUUUUAUUUGGAAGUACGAAGUGGCAAAUGCAACGUUGGUAGAUCAUCUUCCAAAUGUUAAACUGACUACUUGGAUGCCACAAAAUGAUAUUCUUGCUGACGAUCGACUAACCCUUUUCAUAACUCACGGAGGGCUUGGAAGUUCUGUAGAGCUUGCUUAUCAAGGGAAACCAGCAGUUGUUAUCCCAUUAAUGGCUGAUCAACCAAGAAAUGCUCACAUGCUCACACGACACGGAGGUGCCCUUCAAUUGGAUAAAACCUGGUUGAAUAAUUCAGAAAAACUUAGAGAAGCCAUACAGACCGUUUUGAAUGAUGUCAGUUACAAACACAAUGCAGAACGUCUCGCCAAAAUUCUUGAAGAUCAGCCACACAAACCGAAGGAUGUGGUUCUGAAACAUUGUGACUUUGCAGUCCAGUUUGGUCCAUUAGAUACUUUGAAUUCAGAAGGAAGAUUAUUAAAUACUUUCCAAUAUUAUUCUGUAGAUAUUGUUCUUGCUAUUUUUGUUAUUUUGUCUGUUAUUUUGUUUGUAGUUUAUCUUGUUAUCAAACUUUUGUUCAGGUUUCUUGGAAGACUAUUUUCGAUUUCAAAGCGAAAAGUAGAUUAGGUUUGGUGAUCUCUUGAACUAAAUUGUUUCAAUAAUUUUAAAAACUGUGUUGUACUUUGCACGCUUACGAUUUUUGAAUCACACGAUAUUAAAGAAAUUUUAAUGUUGAAACUGGUGACUCGCAUAUGUAUGUGCACUUUAAUAAAACAUAAACGUAUUAACUAUUAAA